AUUAUCUCCCUCCAUUUUUUAACGACCAUGAAAUUCAAGCUCUUCUCUCAUGGCAAUUCUUCUCUCCCUCACUUCGCAGCCCCAAAAACCUCCCCAAAACCACAGCCCCACAAUCUCCAACUCCCCAAAACCCACCUAUCUUACUUCUGCCUUCCUCAACACUGCCUCCAAGAGACAGUUUCUCUUCAAAACUACUUCCCUUGGUGUAAUUGCACUAACUACUCAAAUCCCACUUGCACUGUCCUUAGAUGAAUCUUCUUCCCCUUCAAAGCCGGCUCUUUCAGGGAUUGCCAACACCAAAUCUUGGUUCCAGUUCUAUGGCGAUGGGUUUGCCAUCCGUGUACCUCCUCAAUUUGAGGACAUCAUGGAGCCAGAGGAUUUCAAUGCGGGGUUGUCUUUAUAUGGGGAUAAGGCAAAGCCAAAGCCUUUUGCAGCGCGUUUUGCAUCUCCAGAUGGAUCUGAAGUUCUGAGUGUGGUCAUUCGCCCCUCCAAUCAACUCAAGAUCACUUUCUUGGAGGCUAAGGAUAUUACAGAUUUAGGUUCACUGAAGGAAGCGGCAAAAAUCUUUGUUCCAGUUUUCAAUUGUUGUUAUGCUACAAUGGUAGGUGGAGCAACUUUAUACUCUGCUCGAACAAUAAAAAUAAAGGAAGAGGAAGGUUUCAGGACUUAUUACUUCUAUGAAUUUGGUAGAGAAGAACAACAUGUGGCAUUAGUAGCAGCAGUUAACAGCGGAAAGGCAAUUAUUGCUGGAGCAACUGCACCACAGUUUAAAUGGGACAACGAUGGUGUGAAGCUUCGCUCUGCUGCUAUUUCAUUGACAGUUCUUUAGUCUGCUGCCAGUUGAUAAUUUUUAGGGUUGAGUAUUAGUUCCUGAAAUUCUUUAUUUAAUGCAGAACAAGCUGAAUAUUAGAUUGGAGAGGCAUCCUGUUCCUAACAAUCACAGAGACUUGCAUUUCAGAUUCUCCUUCAUUUUCCUGUAUGGGAAUGGUGGGUGGUGAGUCAUUUUGGAAACUAUAGAAAGGAAAUUUUGAAUUGAGAACUUUUUGUUGGCUUUACUAUUGUAUCAUACGAUAAUAACAUUUUUUUAAAGUGUAAUAUCUUCUGUUCCUUCAACAUCUUUCAUAUCA